GAUUUUAGUUUGAAUUUUGAAUUUAAAGUUAAUUUAUUUAAAAGUAUAAUAUAUUUAAGAUUUUGCGACAAUUUAUGUGACAAUCAAUUGAAUUGAAUGAUAGAAAAAAACGAAAACAUAUUUUUUAAUGCAUUUUAUCGUCAAUUAAAUGAUAAUAAGAAGUAAUUAAUGGCUGAAAGCGAUUGCGAGGACACGAAUGACCGCUCGAUUCCGGCAUUUGGUCCGCGAGUGGUCUCCAUAUAUAAGUCGGAAACUGGCUUUGGAUUCAAUGUGAGGGGACAGGUGUCUGAAGGCGGACCCCUUCGCUCCAUCAACGGUGAACUCUACGCCCCUCUUCAGCAUGUGUCCGCUGUCCUCGAGUCCGGAGCCGCACAAAUGGCCGGCAUUAGGAAAGGCGACCGAAUCCUCGAAGUGUUCGUACUCUUUGAUGACAUACUCUUAUCGUUGAGUCUU